AUGGGGGGGGGGGGGGGGGGGGGAUCAAAAUACACUGCACCUCCUCCUCCUCCUCCACACACUCUGUCCACAACGAUACACUGCUCUCGCUCCUCCCCUCCCUCCUCCACACACACGACCACAACACACACUGGCUCCUCCUCCCCUCCUCCACUCCACUCGACCACCACACACACUGCUCCUCCUCCUCCUCGUCCUCCACACACUCUGACCACAACACUCACUGAUCCUCCUCCGCCAUCACACUCUGUCCACAACACACACAGCUCGCCUCCUCCUCCUCCUCCUCACACACUGUCCACAACACAUCAUACUGCUCCUCCUCGCUCCUCCUCCAAACACCUGUCCACAACAAUACACUGCUCCCCUCCGCCUACUCUGCGGCUGUGUUCUGGAGACGCUCUGCUUUUGGGCACAAGGUCAGGGAGAGCGAGGACUAAGGCGUGUCCCAGAGACUAUACCCUCCACUGCCUCCCUGUGUUCGCGUCCCUCCACUGCCUCCCUGUGUUCGCGUCCCUCCACUCCCUCCCUGUGUUCGCGUCCCUCCACUCCCUCCCUGUGUUCGCGUCCCUCCACUCCCUCCCUGUGUUCGCGUCCCUCCACUGCCUCCCUGUGUUCGCGUCCCUCCACUGCCUCCCUGUGUUCGCGUCCCUCCACUCCCUCCCUGUGUUCGCGUCCCUCCACUGCCUCCCUGUGUUCACGUCCCUCCACUGCCUCCCUGUGUUCGCGUCCCUCCACUGCCUCCGUGUGUUCGCGUCCCUCCACUGCCUCCCUGUGUUCGCGUCCCUCCACUGCCUCCCUGUGUUCGCGUCCCUCCACUGCCUCCCUGUGUUCGCGUCCCUCCACUGCCUCCCUGUGUUCGCGUCCCUCCACUGCCUUCGUGUGUUUGCGUCCCUCCACUACCUCCCUGUGUUCGCGUCCCUCCACUGCCUCCCUGUGUUCGCGUCCCUCCACUGCCUCUCUGUGUUCGCGUCCCUCCACUGCCUCCGUUGUGUUCGCGUCCCUCCACUGCCUCUCUGUGUUCGCGUCCCUCCACUGCCUCCGUGUGUUCGCGUCCCUCCACUGCCUCUCUGUGUUCGCGUCCCUCCACUGCCUCCGUGUGUUCGCGUCCCUCCACUGCCUCUCUGUGUUCGCGUCCCUCCACUGCCUCCGUGUGUUCGCGUCCCUCCACUGCCUCUCUGUGUUCGCGUCCCUCCACUGCCUCCGUGUGUUCGCGUCCCUCCACUGCCUCUCUGUGUUCGCGUCCCUCCACUGCCUCCGUGUGUUCGCGUCCCUCCACUGCCUCUCUGUGUUCGCGUCCCUCCACUGCCUCCGUGUGUUCGCGUCCCUCCACUGCCUUCGUGUGUUCGCGUCCCUCCACUGCCUUCGUGUGUUCGCGUCCCUCCACUGCCUCCCUGUGUUUGCGUCCCUCCACUGCCUCUCUGUGUUCGCGUCCCUCCACUGCCUCCCUGUGUUUGCGUCCCUCCACUGCCUCUCUGUGUUCGCGUCCCUCCACUGCCUCCGUGUGUUCGCGUCCCUCCACUGCCUUCGUGUGUUCGCGUCCCUCCACUGCCUCCCUGUGUUUGCGUCCCUCCACUGCCUCUCUGUGUUCGUGUCCCUCCACUGCCUCCCUGUGUUCGCGUCCCUCCACUGCCUCGCUGUGUUCGCGUCCCUCCACUGCCUCCCUGUGUUCGCGUCCCUCCACUGCCUCUCUCGUGUGAGGUGGGCUUCUACAAACCAGCUGCAGGAGACGGUCUGUGUGGGAAGUGUCCUCAGCACAGUCACUCAGAGACCAGAGCCGCUGUGUCCUGUCCCUGUGACUCCAACUACUACAGAGCUGCAGACGACUCCCCCGCGGCGCCCUGCUCACGUAAGGACCCCCACACAACUACACCCAAACUACACCUAAACCACACACAAACUUCACCUAAACUACACCCAAACUACACCUCAACUACACCCAAACUACACCUCAACUACACCCAAACUAAACUUAAACUGCACCCCAACUACACUUAA